UGGAGUGAAGUUUACACAUAUACUAGAACUAAUUAGCCUGCUGGUGAUCACUAUGGAAGAGUAAAAACAAACAUCGAGAAACUGCAGAAGAUCGGAUAAAAAUAAAUUUAAAAAAAGGCGCAGAGACGUGAGGAGACGCUGCUGACCCCGAAGCUGAGAUGAGUGAUGUGAGUGAAGAGGCGCUGCUGGAUUAUUUCUGCUCGGCCGGAGGCGAAUCCGGCAGAGUCAGAAAUGCAGAUAUACUGAAGACAUUUAAGCCUUUUAUUGGCCACAGUGACUUGCAGUUACGUGCUAAAUACAGAGAGGAAUUCAAGCUCAUCAUCGACCGCAUCGCUUUGGUGAAGUCAGAGGAUGGUGAGAAGUAUCUCUUCUUAAAGAAGAAGUACAGGCACUUGUUGCAUGAGAGAGAUGACAAACGUCAGAGGACAGAUGGAGACCAAGUGAAACAUCUGAACCCGACCGGGAGCACAGCUGCUGUGCAGUGGGAGGCUGCAGACACCCAGACUUCUUCCAACCACAAGGAACAGCACGAUGAGCUCAUGUCAUGUGGAGAUCCUGAUGUCGAGGAUCAGCAGACAGGAACAGUCUGUAUGCAGCACAAUCCACAGUCACCUCCUGUCAUCAAAACCCAGGAGUCUUCAGCGCAAAGUAACAGGGAUUAUAAGCUGGACAGAGAUUCUGGAUCAAAGUCUGAAUCGGAGCAUGACGAGGAGUGUACGGGCAGUAUGGGCUCUGCUGCUGUUGCUCUGGAUCCUUUAGAGAAGGAGUGGAUCUAUUCUGCUGCCUGUGCUCGAGUUCCUGACCUCUCGCAGCUGCUCAGACAGGACCCCUCGCUGGCAAAUAAGAAGGACUUCACCUCGGUGAGUAUUUUUACAGCUCUGCACUGGGCCGCCAAGCAUGGCAAUGAGGACAUGGCCUCUCUGGUGGUGAACGCUGGUGCCGAUGUCAACACUAAAUCACACGGGGGAUACACACCGUUACACAUCGCAGCGUUGCACGGUCAUCAACAUAUGCUUGACCUGCUUGUAGGGACCUAUGGGGCAAAAGAAAACGUACGGGACUACAGCGGCCAUCUUGCCUGCCAUUAUUUGAAUAUGAAAGACCCAGAAGGACCAGGGGAGGACUAUGAGCUACAGUUUCAAGUUACCCAGGCCAGGGAGCGAAAUAAGAACAGGAAGCUGGUGUCAUUAUUCCACUCCAAGAAGAAGUGGGGCUCAGCAGAGGACCUGGCCCCAAUCGAAGAAGAGAGGACAGCAUCGCAUCAGCUGGUCAUUCCUGCUUUUAGACCUCGGAAAUUCUCCCGCUGAGGAAACGCAUACUCACAAUCACACAUGCAUAUACACAUGUAUAUAUGCGUACACACACUCACUUGUGCUUAUAAACACCUAAACAGCUCAAACAAGUAGAGCAAAUAUGGUGCAACUUUUAAUAAAUAGUGUUGCAAGUGAUGUUUUGCUUGGUGAUUUAUCAGUAUUUAUGUUUACCAUGAGAGUUUUCUUUUUUUUUAACUGUUAUUUUAUAAAAGUUGAGUCUUAACAAUUGCUGUUCAGUGUUUAGCGUGAUGUUGCAUGAGUUAUAGUUAGUCACAUAUAGGUCACAUGACUAGUUGGAGACAACUGGAACAGACAGAAUAUCACUGUUGGUGAUGAUCAGCCUCUUUCUUUCUUUCUUUUUCUUUCUUCCUUCCUUCCUUUCUAUCCUUCCUUCCUACCUUCUUUCCUUCCACAGCAGAAAUCAUAUAAUACUAAACUAUAAAACAGUAAUUAUGGGACCUGUUGCUUUUAUAAAAAUGAGAAAAUGUUUUUUGAUAUUUUCACAAUAUUUGGAAAACUAGAAGUGGUA